AUGUCGACCUUCAACGGCCUCGUCAGGGAGUUUCCCAGUAUAAGAAUUGACUACUUCAGACAUCAUCCAGGACGGCCGCCACCUGCGGCGUAUUUUCUUAGCCAUGUCCAUAGUGAUCACCUUCUUGGGUUGGAGUCGGUCAAAAUGCCCUUUGUAUACUGCUCGGCUACCACCAAGCGUAUCCUGCUUCACAUGGAAAAGUAUCCCCAUCGCAUCAACUUUGCCAAGGGCAUCCUUGAAGCCCGCAAGCAACACUAUCGGCACCUAAAGACGAUCCUCAGACCAAUACCGAUGAACACGGUGACGGCACUCGAGCUUGGUCCGAAACUCACCAUUCGGGUGACAUUGCUGGAUGCGAAUCAUUGUCCCGGUGCCGUCAUGUUCUUGAUAGAAGGCGAUAGCAAGGCCAUCCUUUACACGGGGGACAUCAGAGCUGAAACGUGGUGGGUGAAUUCGAUUGUACAAAACCCCAUCCUACUGCCCUAUACUUGUGGCCUAAAAUGGCUUGACUGUCUCUAUCUCGAUACCACCUUUGCCACUCGCGCUGAACCAUACAGCGACUUCCCAACAAAAGCUGAAGGGCUGAAAGAGCUUCUUGAGAAAGUGGUGCAAUGCCCUCCAAGCACGAUAUUCUACUUCCGGGCGUGGACUCUGGGCUACGAAAACGUUUGGGUCGCUCUGUCCAACAUUUUGCAAUCCCGUGUCCAUGUGGACGGAUAUCAACUCCGGAUAUUUGGCAACGGGGUCGAAAAUCUUGACGGGAGUGACAGUGCUGCACUGACCGGUUUCACAGUCGGCAACAGUCUGCUUCCCGGUUGCCUCACUCUAGACAACAAUGCGAGAAUUCAUAGCUGCGAACCCGGAUUGAAGUGUCACUCUGAGAUCAAACAAAGGAAGAACAUCAAGUGGAUAACGCCCAUAAUAUCAAGGCUCCGCGAUGGAACCGAAAUUAGAGAACUUGGAGCCGGAGGAGGUGCGAGAGACCUUUAUCCCACGUCUGAAUUGAAGGUGGAGGAUCAAGCAUCCGUCCAGCAGCUUAUGGGCCUUUUUGCAUCUUCCGUGGACGACGCCACGUCGAAGUUGAAUGUAUUUCGAGCACUUGGCCACUUCGGCACCACAGGAGACUUGUCUCUCGCCCUUGAGGCACCAGAUGAGUUGGGACUUGACCAGAAUGGUCAGAUACAGUUGAAGGAUUUUUUGCCCUUCCUGGCGAACAGAUACGCGAAGACAGAUGCUUCGCUCCUGGAGCACAUGCACUCCAAUCAGGAUUCAAGACCUCAGAUCGAGACAAACGAUACCAUCCGUUUUCCUUAUUCUCGUCAUUCUUCCUAUAACGAGCUUCGUGGGUUUGUUAAGAUGUUCCGACCUAGGGAUAUCUGCCCCUGCACAGUCUGCCCGGAGACCUGGGCCGAGGAGCUCAGCAUGCAGGCGCUUUUCGGAGACCUCUGUUCAGAGCAGACGUUCUACUUUGACCAAGAGACGAGAGAAGUCGUUGAAAAUUUGAGGGAAAGGGAGGGUCUCAAGAGCGCGAGUGGGAAAAGGAAACGAGACAAUGACGAUACCCAGAAAACAGAAUUCCAAGAUACGAACCCUGAUAAGCACAUGAGUUCAUGCGAGGAAAUGCAAAUUCUGAGAUCACCCGAGAAGACUGCUAAGCUCAGGGAUGCAGGUUCAGAUCAAGACCGUGCAGCCGGUGGGCUAAACCCCAAUGGUGAUCCCCAGACCCAUGGAGGAUUCCACCUACAACGGGAGAGCCUCGAUGGGGAUACAGUGGAGGACGACGGGAAUGAUGAGCGCCUGUUCCUUUCGUUCUUCGACAGUCAACCAGGAGACCAACCGGUCUUGUCUGAUCAGACCGUCCAAGAUCGGUCGUCGCAAGACCGGCCACUCGAUACAAAAGAGAGGCUAAGACUGAGGAAAGAGAGAGCCUGGGCAUAUGAGGCUGCUAAAAGGUGCCUAGCACACAGUGAUAGCUCAGACUGGGAUGCAAUACCGUUGAGAAGCGUGGGCCACAUCGGACACGACGUUGAGGAAUAUGAGCUGUGA